AUAAAUACCAAUGUUUGAAGUCACUCUUCAUUCCACAAAAAUAGCCACCUAACACACACACUUGCAGAAGAAGAAAAAAAUGGGAAAAGAUGUUGAAGUUCAAGAACAAGGUGGUGAAUAUUCAGCUAAGGAUUAUCAAGAUCCACCACCAGCACCUUUGUUUGAUCCAGCAGAGUUAACAAAGUGGUCUUUGUAUAGAGCUGUGAUAGCAGAGUUCAUAGCAACACUUCUGUUCCUUUACAUCACUGUGUUGACCAUUAUUGGUUAUAGUAGACAAACUGAUACCACUAUUACAGGUAACACUGAAUGUGAUGGUGUUGGAGUUUUGGGUAUUGCUUGGGCUUUUGGUGGUAUGAUCUUCGUCCUUGUUUACUGCACCGCCGGUAUCUCUGGAGGACACAUAAAUCCAGCAGUGACAUUUGGGCUGUUUUUGGGACGCAAGGUGUCUUUAAUAAGGGCUGUACUAUACAUAAUAGCACAAUGUUUAGGUGCAAUUUGUGGUGCUGGUCUUGCAAAAGGGUUCCAAAAAUCAUACUACAAUAGGUACCAUGGAGGUGUUAAUUUGGUGUCUGAUGGUUAUAGUAAAGGCACUGCUUUGGGUGCUGAAAUUAUUGGUACCUUUGUUUUAGUUUACACUGUUUUCUCAGCCACUGAUCCUAAGAGAAGUGCUAGGGAUUCACAUGUUCCUGUAUUGGCACCACUUCCUAUUGGAUUUGCUGUCUUCAUGGUUCAUUUGGCAACAAUCCCUGUUACCGGUACCGGAAUUAACCCUGCUAGGAGUUUUGGACCCGCUGUUAUCUACAACAACGACAAAGCUUGGGAUGAUCAGUGGAUUUACUGGGUUGGACCAUUUAUUGGAGCUGCAAUAGCUGCAUUCUAUCACCAAUUUAUUCUAAGAGCAACAGCAAUAAAGGCUCUUGGAUCCUUCAGGAGCAACCCUUAAUCAAUUCACCUCAAUUAUUAUCACUUGUUAUUGUCCUCUAAGAAUAAUAAUAAUAAUAAUAAUAGUAGUAGUACCAUAUAAUUCAACUCUAUCAAUCUACUGUUCCCUGUUGGAGUUUUGUCCUCUUUUUUUCAUUCCAUGUUCCUAAUGGCCUUAUAUGUUUGGAAUCAUUGGUUUGGAUAAAGAAGCCAAAAUUACAUGGGGUCCAUAAAUUGUUGAUAAACAUGCUUAUGUCUAAAGCCUGUAUUUCUAUCCCUUCCUUUUACCCUUUAGUUUUUUGUUUUUAUUUAAUUUUAUCCCUCAUGUGUUAUCUUUUUUAAUUUAUGUGAUAUGAUAUGAUAUGAGAUGAUGCACUCUCAAUCCAAAUUUUCAUUUUGGUUUUA